GCUAGCUGAUUACGAGAGCAUCGGCAUCUUUGACAGGCUCAGAAGCUCCGCCUCGCAGUCUUUUGAACCUCACGUCUCGUACAGCCCGUUGCCAUAUAUUUCUACGCGCACACGAAGCGUGGUUCGAGUCAAAUCGCCCCAGAUCCUGCGAAAUACGACCGGAACGCGAAUGGCCCGCUUCUUGGCACUCGUUGGCGCCGCUGCGGCCCUGCGACCACAUACACGCCUCUACGCAGAACCCGCAAAAGGACCAGGCAUCCAGGUGCCUAGAAACGUCCUAGGAGGCGACCUCGAAUGCUGCUGCGCCGACGUAAGGGGAAGCGGCAUCGGCACGGGCUUCUAUAGGGACGGCCACUGCUCGACCGGCCAAGACGACGAGGGCCGGCACACGGUCUGCAUCGAGGCGACUAAAGAGUUCCUCGAAUUCUCGGCGAGCGUGGGCAACGACCUCAGUACUCCCAAUCCGCAGUGGAUGUUUCCGGGCGUCAUGCCGGGCGACCAGUGGUGCCUCUGCGCCGCGAGAUAUGCUCAAGCAGUACAAGCGGGCAAGCAGCCGAAGGUGCACCUCGCGCGCACCCACGAACGGACGUUGGAUCACGUCCCGCUCGAGGUGCUGCUCGAGAACGGCGUCGACGCCGACGCCGCGCGUGCUACUUUAGAGUCCGUCGACGAGCAGCGCCAGGCGCUCGAAGGGCUCUUUUCUCGGGUCGCGAACCCCGGUGAGGAGUAAAUCGAUCAAUUGUGUGACACA